UUCUAGCGAUUCAAUUGCAACAUGUCAUCAACAUCCAGCGAACUCUCAAAACAAACGAAGCUUUGUGCUUUCCAAGGGCAAAAAUAUGGACCCAGAAGCCGCAUUAGAGUUGGUAAGAAACGGAGUAACACUUCUCCUUCUCGAUGUUCCUCAGUACACGAUUGUUGGCAUUGACACCCAGGUGUUCUCUCUCGGCCCUGCUUUCAAGGGCAUCAAAAUGAUUCCUCCUGGAGUUCAUUUCGUCUUUUAUAGUUCAUCUACCAGAGAUGGGAAGGAGUUCUCUCCAAUUAUUGGCUUCUUCAUUGAUGCUGGCCCCUCAGAGGUUAUUGUUCGUAAGUGGGAACAACAAGAGGAGUGCUUGGUCAAAGUAUCUGAAGAUGAGGAAAUGAGAUAUUGUCAAGCAGUUCGAAGUUUGGAGUUUGACAGGCAGCUUGGUCCGUACACUCUUAGUCGGUAUGGAGAUUGGAAGCGAUUAUCUAACUACAUUACAAAGAGCACCAUUGAGCGGCUUGAACCAAUUGGAGGAGAAAUAACAGUCACAUCUGAGUCUGGAUUGGGGAAAAACACUCCAAAAACAUCAAUGGAGAAAGCUCUGGAUGAGCAGUUGAAGACAAGUAAGUUCUCGACAACUGAAGACAAGUCUCAAAAGAAAGGAUGUUACUACACAUCAAUUCCUCGAGUGAUUAAGCGCAGAGGAAUGCAAGGGAAUGAACUUACAUCUUUGAAUCUUGACAAGACACAAUUAUUGGAGAGCUUACUCAUAAAAGAAUAUGGAGGUUCAGAGGACUCACUUCUUGGGGAGCUGCAAUUUGCUUUUAUAUCAUUUCUGAUGGGGCAGUCACUUGAAGCAUUUCUGCAGUGGAAGUCUUUGGUUAGCCUUUUAUUUGGUUGCACUGAAGCUCCUUUUCAUACUAGGAGUCAGCUAUUUGUAAAGUUCAUUAAGGUCAUAUACUAUCAACUGAAAUAUGGACUUCAGAAAGAUCAUAGCGGUACCCAGACUGGAGCAUCAGCACUAUUAGAUGAUUCAUGGUUAUCUGCAGAUAGUUUUCUACAUCGUCUUUGCAAGGAUUUCUUUUCAUUACUGCAAGAAGCUUCUGUUGUUGAUGGAGAUCUUUUGUCAUGGACAAGGAAAUUCAGAGAGCUGCUGGAGAGCAGUCUAGGGUGGGAAUUUCAGCAGAGCAGUGCAGUUGAUGGUAUAUAUUUCGAGGAAAAUGAUGAGUAUGCUCCUGUUGUAGAGAUUUUCGACGACUCAAGUUAUAAUGAAACCACUUCAGCUUAGACACCAGCGGCAGCGUUACUUUCUUUCCCAACGGGGGAUGAAAAGAAACAGCUUAACCAGAAAAAAGGAACAAUGUCAGUGGAAUCACUUCCAGCUUCUCAUUCUGCCUUGACACAAGUUAAUGAUACAUUCUCUUGUAACAUAGCAAUGGUAGAGGGAACAGUCUCAGAAUGUGAAUGUAAAUUUAUCAGGCUAGCUGAAUUUCAGUGGCUGAGGGGUCUGCAGAAUGUAAUGAGAGGAGAUUUUUAUAGCAUUUGUUUGUAAAUCAUGUGACUUUUUCUAUGUUAAUUUGUGUUUUUCCAUAAAUUAAGCCUUACAAUUAUACAUGGUUUUGACAAGAGUAAUACUACUUGGUUAAAUAAA